UGCGGUGCGGUUCGCAUCCAGCGCUGCUAGCCGCUGCUAGCUAACGUCUUCUGGCUAGCUAACGGUAACCACCUGACAGAUGAUGUGUUGUCAGGGAAAAAGGAGUCGUUAACCGGACACAUUAUUCAGCUAAAACCGGCUUAAUAUGCCAGCCUCGCUUCAGACAAGGACUCCAAACAGCGUGCUGUGGCUUUUUUUUUUGUUUAAUUUAAAACCCCACCACAGCCUGUAUGUGUGAACUGAGCAUCUCAGCAGCACCAUAUGGUUACAUGAGUGGGUGAAAUAUGAUGGCCCAGCAGGCCAGUCAGGGAUGUGUUCCUAUCCAUCCGUCCAUGUAUCUGUCCGUGACUAGACCUGUGCGCAGGAACAAGGCCACAUCAACGUGGAUGACUUGGCUAUUUUUUUUAAUUGCCUCGCCUUCGGGACGCUCUAUCCAGCAUACUCCUCAUACAAGGCUGUCAAAACGAAGAAUGUGAAGGAAUAUGUGAAAUGGAUGAUGUACUGGAUAGUAUUUGCAUUGUUCACGACAGCAGAGACGGCGACAGACCUGCUGCUGUCUUGGUUUCCAUUUUACUUUGAGCUAAAGAUUGCUUUCGUGAUCUGGCUCCUGUCUCCAUACACCAAGGGCUCCAGUGUCCUCUACCGCAAGUUCGUUCACCCAACCCUGUCCAACAAAGAGAAGGAGAUAGAUGAGUACAUCGCACAGGCCAAAGACAGGAGUUAUGAGACAAUGAUGAGGUUUGGAAAGAGGGGUCUCAACCUGGCUGCUAAUGCUGCCGUCACCGCAGCCACCAAGGGGCAGGGCGUGCUCUCAGACAAGCUGAGGAGUUUUAGCAUGCAGGACCUGACUCUCAUCAACGCUGACGACGAGCUGGCUCUGCACACUUCAGACACUCGCAUGAGACGGGACCCCAUGGACGAGAUGAGCUCAGGGGCCAGCACGCUGCCCCGGGCCAAGAGCACCGCUGCACGGCAAACCCGCUCUUUGGUGGCCACAUCUCUGGCUGACGACGCGUCAUCCCAGCACAGCUCUGACCAAUCAGACACAAGGACUGAACACUCUGAUGAUGACGUGGGAGAAAAAGCCCCCAAACGAGCGUCUACCAUCAGGGCAGCAAAGAAGCCUGCUGCUGCUAAGACAGAGACUCAAACCAAGACGGUGAAGAAGCCGACGAAGAAAAAGACCACGACCAACAACGCAGAGACGCCGCCAUGAGGCCUGCUGUCCACAUCCACCGGCCUCCACUCGCUCCACCCACAGCCUGCAGGCCCUUCUUCCUCCAUUUGGUCUCAAAACACAAAAACACACACACACACACACAUUGUAUAUAUCAAGCACUGCAAUUGUGUCACUCUUGCUGGAUUUUAGAGCAAGGUUUGGUUUUUAGCAGUAUGUGGCCUCCUUUAGGUAGGGAGCAGUUCUUUUACCGGGUUGUUGCAUAUUUUUGUCUCACUCUUAACUUACCAUGAGCUCAUCUCCGAUUUAACAGUGGGGGCUUUUUUUUUUUUUUUAGACAUUUUAUUUAGUCUGAUAAUGAUUGGCGAUAUAUUCGUAAAUGCUCUGUUCAUUCUUCUUUUAACCCCAAGAAAUAUACGUACGUGCCCCCCGUUAGAUGAGAACACAAGCUGGUCAUGAGCAGUUCUCCGGUCUCAUUAGUCUUACUGAUUCAUGUUCUGCUGCCGUCAGGAACACAUUCUGGAUUGAGGUUGAAGUAUCAGUAAAAUAUCACGUUCUUGUCCUCUGCGCUCCUCCUAAGUGGUGACAAAUCUCACCCUCUAGAUCCUUAAGUGACUUCGGAGUUCAGACUGUUUUGGUUUUUUUUCCUAUUGAGGACUAAGAAGGUAUUUGUGAUCAACUUUAAGUCCCGCACUGGAUGAUAGUUGUAGACUUCCUUAUAUCUGGUUCUGACUGUUGUCUCUCAGCCACCACCAUAGCCCAGCUCAUGUAACUGUCUAAUUUUAAAGGAUUGUUUGCUUCAGUUCUUUAACUUGAUGAGUGAAUUUUAAGCCUCCCAGCCUGUGGAAGAGUUUAUAAGUUCAGUUUUCCCUCAUUCAACCUUUACAACUCCUGAUCGACUCUGGCUCUGCUAAGUUAAAGUCUCACUUAAGUCGACUUUCUUAAUCUCUGCUUUAAGUCGUGUACUGUACUGCUGAUGGAGUGGUUUGUUUAGUGUUGGCUUAGUUAUCCCUCUUCUGGACGUCACUCCCUCUUGGCUUUAUAUUUAUCCAUGAUUCAUUUAUUUAUUUAUUGUGCCUCUGUUUGAUCCAGUCCUUUUGGUCAUGUGAUACUAGUGAUAAAUUUGAUGAGCCAAGGUAAAACUGUAACUGAGCUCUUUCCCAAGAAAUGCAGCGCUCACAGAAGAGUUGUAUGCGAGGUAACAUAUCUGCUUUCUGUUCUGUGUAUUGUUCUCGGACAAAGAGAAGCAAUAUGGAAAUAAUCACACCAAAUCCAAUAUCAGGAGACUGUGAGGAGUUCUUUUCUCAUCCCCGUGAUGUUGUUUUGACAUGGAGGGAGUGUCAAACCAGGCUGUGGGUGUUUCUAUACACUGGACUUCUGUGCUAGGAUGGGUUCCACUGAGUUGCCAGUCACUGCAUUGGGCCUGUGUUUCUUCUGUAGUGAGAGGUUUAAAAGCAUGAGACCUGCUGUCUGCAGUGUGACACUAGUAUGACCCAGUAGGGGGAAACAAACCCCACCUCAACUGUCGGUAAAGUUACUAAACAAUAUGUAAACACCAUGUAAAUAGUAACCUGAACUGUAUAUACAGUAUGAGCUUGCUUGCCUUAUUCAUUCUCUGGGCUUAAAUACAUUUUUUUUAAUCAUUUGUGUGCUUUUGUUUUAUUCAUAUUCUCGACAAAUCACAUGCUCUGAAACCGAAAGAAGUUCAGAUUUCACACAUGUGGACUUCUGGUGUUGGAAGUGAUUUUUGUGUCUUUUGUCCGUCUGAUGUUUAAACUCCUCGAUCACAAAGUGGGGAAUCUCCAGACUGAGUCUAAACUGAUGUUAGUACAUUCACAUCCUUCUGUGAUCUCUGCUCUGACUGGUUAUUAACUAUUUUACGGCCAAACGUUUUGCUUUCCUUUUUUUUUUCCUUCUAUAAAUGUAUCAUUCACACUGAGUAAAAAGAAGGCGGCACAUAAUUAAAAGACAUUUUGUCUUAUCGAGAUACGGCCCUGCAUUUUUAUCUUGUGUUUAUACCAAUUUUGGGAUAUUUAUUGUUAAUUUUCUUUUUUUGAAUCCAUAUGGUAUACAGGGAUGUUCAUCUGUAUAUUGUUUGUGCCAAUUCUUAAAGCUCCAUGUCAAAAAGGAUUACAGUAUGUGUGCUGGGACAAUGGUAUCUAACAAGGUCAUGUAUCAGUAAUGAAACUACUAAUAAAGGAAACUAAACCAGUG